AUGGACACUGAUCUGUACGACGAGUUCGGGAAUUAUAUUGGUCCAAACAUUCUAUCCGAUGAAGAAGUUGAGGAUGAGGACAGUGCUGCUGAAGAGGAUCCAGAAGAAAAGGAAGACCACAGUCAUGCAAUACAACUUCUCGAACAAACAGACGAAGCUCUUGCGGUAAGUAAUUGGGUGGUUUUGCAUGAUGACAAAAAGUACUAUCCCAGCGCCAUGGAAGUAUACGGACCAGAUGUGGAAACCUUGGUGCAGGAGGAAGAUGCUCAGCCAUUAACCCAGCCACUAAUUGAGCCCAUUAAGAAAAAAAAUUUCGCCUACGGUGAAUACUCACUUCCGGAGACUGUCUAUGAUCCAGAGUAUCUCGCCGAUUUAAUGGAUUGUCCGGAACUCAUCCGAAAUAUCGCGUUUUGUGGCCAUCUCCACCACGGAAAGGUUGUUUUUGCUUUCCCAACUUAUUUGCGUUAUACAGACUAUCUUAAGAUCGAAAUUGAAAGAGGCUUGAGUAUAAAAUCUACACCAAUGACACUGGUUUUGCCUGAUAUGCGAAACAAGUCUUUCCUCAUCAACAUUUUUGACACUCCUGGUCAUGUGAAUUUCUCCGAUGAAGUUACCGCGGCCUUCCGCAUCUGUGACGCUGUCUGCUUGUUCGUCGACGUCAGCGAGGGCGUUCUCAUGAAUACAGAGCGUCUUUUGAAACACGCUCUCCAGGAGCGCCUACCUAUCUUACUCUGUCUGAAUAAGAUAGAUAGACUCAUUCUCGAACUCAAACUCCCCCCUAAUGAUGCCUACUACAAGAUCAAAAACAUUAUUGAUGAAGUUAACUCACUCAUUUCCACGUUUUCUGAAGGUCACAUGGUGAGUCCAUUGCUAGGCAAUGUUUGCUUCGCGAGCUCCUACUACAGGUUCUGCUUCACGCUGGAGUCGUUCGCCAAAAUCUACACAGACACAUUUGACGGCACAGUUGACUACAAAAGCUUUGCAAAACGCCUUUGGGGUGACCAGUACUUCAACUCUGAGACCAAAGCCUUUAAAUCAAAGCCGCCAACCUCCUCGUCAGUGCGAAGCUUCGUGGAAUUCAUUCUGGAACCCAUCUACAAGAUUUUCGCACAAACCGCCGGCGAUGUCGACACGUGUCUACCCGGACUCUGCAACGAACUCGGCAUCCACCUCUCUAAGUCCGAGCUCAAACUGAACGUCCGCCCACUACUUCGGCUCAUUUUCAGUCGAUUUUUCGGCGACUUUUCUGGUUUCGUUUCGAUGUGCGUGGAUCACGCUCCCAGUCCAUUGGCUGGGGCCGCAGCGAAGGUCGCACACACUUACUCCGGUCCACUGGACUCUGCCAUCGCACACGACAUGAUCGCCUGCAGGGCCGAGUCGCCCCAUCUAAUGGUGCACACCACAAAGCUCUACCCCGACGAGGAUGCCGUCUCCUUCCACGCCUUCGGACGCGUCCUGUCGGGUCGGCUGGAGGCCGGUCACGAUGUCAAGGUUCUUGGCGAGGCCUAUUCCCUAGACGACGAAGAAGAUUCUCGUCCUGCUGUCGUUGGACGGCUCUGGGUCCUUUCCCGUUUGUUGUGUUGCAGUUAUCGUCUUGAGGUCAACCGCGUUCCCGCGGGUAACUGGGUGCUCAUAGAAGGCGUCGACCAAGCCAUCGUCAAGACGUCGACCAUCACCUCCGCACACUCCAGUGGCGAGGUCUUCAUCUUCCAUCCACUCACAUUCAACACCAUCUCGAUCGUCAAGAUCUCCGUCGAGCCAGCCAACCCCUCUGAACUCCCGAAAAUGCUCGAUGGCCUGCGUAAAGUAAACAAGAGUUAUCCGCUGCUGAUGACAAAAGUAGAGGAGUCUGGUGAGCGUAUCAUUCGUGGAACGGGCGAAAUUUAUCUCGACUGCGUGAUGCAUGACCUUCGCAAACUCUACUCUGAUAUUGAGGUCAAGGUUGCUGAUCCUGUUGUGGCCUUCUGCGAAACCGUUGUUGAAACUUCCUCGCUGAAGUGCUUCUCAGAGUCGCCGAACAAGAAGAACAAGCUUACAAUGAUUGCCGAGCCACUGGACAAGGGCCUAGCGGAGGAUAUUGAGAACAAGGUGGUUCGAAUUGACUGGCCCAAGAAGCAGCUUGGUGAAUUCUUCCUGAAGAAGUACGAGUGGGAUUUGCUCGCUGCCAGAUCUAUUUGGGCCUUCGGACCAGAUGCCACUGGCCCAAACAUUCUCGUUGACGACACUCUUCCCUCUGAAGUGGACAAGGCGCUUCUCGGUUCAGUAAAGGACUACAUUGUGCAGGGUUUCCAAUGGGGCACACGCGAGGGCCCGUUGUGCGAUGAGCCGAUCAGGAAUGUCAAAUUCAAGAUCCUCGACGCCCUUAUCUCAGGGGAGGCGCAUCAGCGCGGCUCCGGUCAGAUCAUUCCGACGGCGCGUCGAGUCGCUUAUUCGGCCUUCAUGAUGGCCACGCCUCGUCUCAUGGAGCCCUACUACUACGUCGAGGUGCAGGCUCCAGCUGACUGCGUCUCUGCUGUGUACAACGUGCUCAAUCUCCGGCGCGGUCACGUGACCCAGGACGCCCCGAUCUCCGGUUCCCCGCUGUACAUUAUCAAGGCUUUUCUGCCAGUGAUUGACUCCUUCGGAUUUGAGACCGACCUGCGGACGCACUCACAAGGCCAGGCCUUCUGCAUGUCGGUCUUCAGCCACUGGCAGAUGGUGCCUGGUGAUCCCCUCGAUCGCACCAUCCAGAUCCAGCCCCUCGUGGCCCAACCAGCGACCCACUUGGCCCGCGAGUUCAUGAUUAAGACGCGACGCAGAAAGGGCCUAAACGAGGAUGUCAGCAUCAACAAGUUCUUCGACGACCCUAUGCUGCUGGAAUUCGCGAAACAGGAUGUAAUGUUAAGCUACGCUUUGUAA